GAAAAUAACUACAGAACUGAGAGAAUCACAUGGUCAACAGAUGAAAGGAAUAAAGUGGCCUACUGCUUCAGGGGAAGCCUGCUCUGCACAGUCUCCCUUUUAAACAUUGGUCUCAUGAAUGGAAACACCUUCGUAUUUGGGAAGCAAUACGAUGUUGUAAUGCUGGUUCGAUGCCCAGAACUGAAUGCUGUGCUCCAGCUGUGGCCUCACCGGUGCUGAAUAGAGAGGAAGAGCCACCUUCAUAGCUUACAUGUGAUUCCUCUGCUUAUACAACCCAAUACUGGAUUUACUUACUUUGGCAAGAUAGCUGCAUUGUGCACUGUAUUUAAUGUUACGUGUACUGUAACCCUGGGUCUUUCUCUGCAUUGCUGCCGUUAAACUCCCAAUCCUGCCAAUCUAAAACUCCUGCCUUUGUUUACCUUCCCCUCCCCCAUAGACUUCCCAUACAUUCAUCCACAAUGAAUGUCAUCUUUUUAUUCUCUCAUUUCCUUUUACUCUAAUCUUAAACUUUGGCAAAACUUUCACUCUGUCCUAUAAAUUGUCAGUUGUCAGCCAUCUUAUUUUUCUCCCUGCUUUGGUAAUGGGACAUCUUUGAAGUCUUUUCUCUGGCUCUUUUCCCUUCAUAGUCAUGAAGCACUUGGCAUGGUGGAUUUAGUAAGCAUUCUCUUGCCAUUGCUUCCAAAUCAAAUACCAUGAACUCCUCUGGGUUGACCACCGAUCAAGUUGUUACCUAUGCUUUAGUUCUUCAGUCCAGGUUCUCCUGACUCCUCCUGACCUCUAUCCCUACAGCUUCGUUCAGGAUACAGUAUUCUCUCACAACUCUUCCUCCAGGGGGAGACAACAGCAUCAUGUCAAUUUACCGGGGAGAUUUCCGACAGUCAGGAAAAUUACGAUCUCUAAUUGUGAAUAGAAUAGUUUUUAAUAAUUUUAAGCACAUUUCUGCCCCUGCCCCAGACCUUAAUUUUUAGAAACUAUUAAGCUUAAGUUACUACAAAUUUCUAGGAUGAGUCAAAUAAAGGAAGAAGAAAGGGAAGCAAGAUUUUUGUGUUGAAUAGGACAUGGUUCUCCAAGAAAGCCAAAUUGAGGUUCUCGUUGGAUUUGAGAGCUGUCUGAAAUGGGCAUUGAGGCUUCGUUUUUCUGAGCAUUAUUGUAAUCUCAGCUCUAGAGUAGGUUUUUAAGUUGGUUUAUUUAGGACUGUUGACACGCACAGUCUUAAUUACAUGCUUUGGCUAAUUUAGAGUGUGGAAAGUGUAACCUUUUUUGCUUUAUUGUGGGUGAUAAUUGGAAGGUCUCCAUAGUUCCUUUUUAUCCAUCUCUAAACUCCCUCAAGUUUAACUAAAUCCCAGUGCUUCUUACAGUACCAGUCAAGCCGAAGUUUCAGUUCUUACUCUUUUUUUUCUUAGUUGAUGUGAUUUAAAUAGCCUCUCCUUGGAUCUGUGGUCUUUACUGAACCCAGAAGUUACCUCUUAAGUGCAUUUAUAUCUUGAGAGAGUUAAAAUCAGUUGGGAAAUCUUUUUGAACAUGAUUUCAAUACAUCAAAUUCCUAUCAUGGAUUUAAAAGUUACCAAACAUCUUUCCUUCAGGCCCCUGAUAGAUAUUUUACAUACUAGCAUAGUGCACUAUUCAAGUGUAUUACAAAAGUACACUACAAAGUAAGAGGUAGCAAGAUCUGUUAGUGUCUUUUGAUAAAUUGUAAAAUGUUAUCACCUGACUUUUCUUCCAUAUCUGUAACCAUUAGAUGCUGCUAGUUUCCUUAUUCACAAUUACAUAAGCCAAGUGAAGUAUUACGCUUAAUUUGGUGGUUCCAAAGAGAGUAAGAGUCUUUUCUGUGGUUCCCUACCAUGUCUGUCGCCAGAGAUUGGUGGCUUUGCUUAUGCUUGUGUCACUUCCUGAUAAGUGUGGCACCUUUCUUGAAAGGAAUGUUAGUUUUAUUCCCUGACUUCUGAAAUAACCCUCAGCAACAGAGCCAACUGGGCCCUUGUGUGUGCUGAAUGCUUUUCUCCAGGCAGUCAGUAAGUAGUGAGCAGUGGCAUGGUUUCCUUCUCCAUUUAUGGCCUUGGAAGGGUGAAAGGGACAUGGUUGGGACUCUCCAUUUACGGUCCUUGGAGGAGUUGAAAAGAGUGGUUGGGGUGUUCUUGGAGGCAGAAACUAGACAUUGUGAGAUAAAAAUAAAUUGGCAAGGGAUGUUUGGAAUUCAAAUUCCAAUCCCUGCAAGGAGGGCAGAGGGCACUGGGAAAGGGGGAGUGUGUAGAAAGUCAAAUGAGCUCUGCUGCAGGCAUUUGUCUCCUUCCAUUGGAAGGUUUGCCCAUGACACACAUUUGCCAAGUUCGUAUUUCUGGUUUGUUCUAGAAAGUUUUGUCUUAUGUAAUUGUGACUAUCUUUUACAAAAAGGAAGAAGAAACACUUUUAAAAAAGAGUGUAUUGUUGGAAACCUCAGUUCUCUAAGGCAUCAUUUGAGGCUCCAGAAGAGAUCUCAAGAAAGGCAGAAUGAGGCAGGUGCUUGUGCAGGGGGUAGGCCGGCUGGCUUUAGGGUGGGAGACUCUUAAUUGUUGCUCUGUUUUUGUGUGAGGAAGAUCAUCACACAUGUCAUGCUUUUAUUAUUCCUUUUACCCAUCUAGAUUUCUGGCUUCAAGGGACAAAUUUUUAAAGUAUCUGAUAGAGUGUCUUGUAUAUUGUCAACUGUGAUUUAAAGAUACUGAACUUCCUGGCUGGGUGCGGUGGCUCACACCUGUAAUCCCAGCACUUUGGGAGGCCAAGGCGGGCGGAUCACCUGAGGUCGGGAGUUCGAGACCAGCCUGACCAACAUGGAGAAACCCCGUUUCUACUAAAAAUACAAAAUUAGCCGGGCAGGGUGGCGCAUGCCUGUAAUCCCAGCUACUUGGGAGGCUGAGGCAGGAGAAUCGCUUGAACCCAGAAGGCGGAGGUUGCAGUCACCCGAGAUGGCGCCAUUGCACUCCAGCCUUGGCAACAAUAGCGAAGUGCUGUCUCAAAAAAACAUAUAAAUAAAGAGACUGAACUUCCUUGGAGGCUCUAUAGAGAUUACUAAGAGUUGUUUUAGUUUGGUGAAAAUAGUUAACAUAUUGGCUUAUGGAGAGCAAUCUCACGUUUAGGAUAAAUCUAGUCUGGCAAUGCCUAUAAAUUAAGUCUGAGGUGAACUACUUUUGAACAGUUGAGUUAGAAAGUAUUUGGUAGCCACCAGGGAAAAGAGAUCUUAUUUCAAGAAAAUUAUUAGUGAAACUCAGUAAAGUAGAAGGGAGAUUAGAAGGAACAAAGGGAGGCAGAGAUGGGGUAGAGACUGGUUGCAACUUAACUAAAUUUGGAAGCUGGGAUUAAGCCCUUGAUUUAUCUUUUGAAAUGCCAUAUAAGAUAGCAUAAGAUGUACCAUUAAAUUCAGGAAACUGGGCUAAUAAUCAGAAAUAUGUGUUAGAAAUAAAGACCAUGGUAAAAAUGGAAGGGUUGUACAAGAGAAUAAAAUUAUUCAGGUUUUGUCUGUGGAUUUGCAUAAUGAUACUUAUUUGCUGUGUGCCACAUGGCAGAAAAGGAAGUGAAAUAACACCCCUCUGUCCCAUCCUUUUCCCCAGAAAUAAAUCACUGGCUUCAUUUGUUGGUUUGUUUAGCUGGCAUCUUGAGUUGGUAGAAUAGACUAGUAGAUUGUCUAGUUUUAGACAUAGGUAUUAGUGUACUGUUUCUUGAUCAUUGAUGUUUGAGACCUGGAAUUUGUAGCAUUAUUGAUUUGACCUCUGUUUUAAAUUUUAGCGGCUUCCACAAAGACUGAGUUAGUAAGGAGUACAACUAUGUAAGUAAUAUGUUUUACUAGCUAAUUUGUUUAGGCAAUUAUUUUUACCCUGUAUUCAUUCCUUCUUAAUCAAGAGUAAGGCAGGUAUUCUUUGCUUUGGGAAAUUCUUCUUUCUGUCCUCCCUUCCCUCACUUUUUCCAAAUUCUGGGCACAACAGCAACUCUCUCUCUUCUGUGGCAGGUGUGCAUCCUAUUGGCUGGCUGGUAUUCUUGUUUUUUUUCCCCCCUUAUUCUUUUUAAAUGGGGGUGGGGGUAUAAAAAUAUGUGUAUGGGGUACAUGCAAUAAUGUUGUAAUGUUUCUUGUUGUUUAAUGGAUAAUUAAUUGCAAAAUAAUUGUUUUAAUUAUAACAUGUUUGAGUAAAUGCUAAAUUAGUAUUUUUUUCUAAUAUAAUAAUGAAUUUGAAAUCUAGCAUUCCUGUAACAAUGUGUCUAUGUUUGUCUGUCUGUGUCUGUCUAAUAGUAAUUAAUAUCUGUGGUCCGUACCUGGAAGAGGAAGUACAGCUUUAAAGGAAUAACAAAAGACUUUGUGUCUUAGACCCUUCGCAGGUGUUACAGUCGGGUGAAAGAACAUGGUGUUGGGAAAAGAAAGAGCAGUUACACAUUUGAACAGUUGGAACAGGUGUUUGGUCAGGGAGGAUGGGAUGCUCAGCCCUGCCAGCCUGUACUUAUUAACAGUAGUGGCUUGUACCAGGAGCUGGAGUCAGAUGGCAGCACUAUGGAGGACUAUUCACAGGAGGACUGGGGAAACCACAGUCAGGAUCUCCAUGGCUAUCCAACAGAUCAGGAAUUGGAUGAAAUACCUGUCACAAAGAGAACAUUAAAAAUAAAACAAGAAUCUUCUGAAGAAGCACAGAAGAGAGACAUCAUGCAGAAUAUUGUACAGAUUUUGGAAUCGGUACAGUUGAAAUGGGAACUUUUUCAGAGCUGGACAGACUUUUCAAGGCUCCAUCUUUCUAAUAAACUGGCCAUUUUUGGAAUUGGUUAUAACACCCGUUGGAAAGAGGAUAUCCGUUACCAUUAUGCUGAGAUCAGCUCCCAGGUGCCCCUUGGCAAGCGACUUCGGGAGUACUUCAACUCUGAGAAGCCUGAAGGACGGAUCAUUAUGACCCGAGUGCAGAAAAUGAACUGGAAAAAUGUUUACUACAAAUUUUUAGAGAUCACUAUUAGCGAAGCUAGGUGCUUAGAGCUGCACAUGGAAAUUGAAUGGAUACCCAUUGCCCACUCCAAACCAACUGGUGGGAAUGUUGUUCAAUAUUUAUUGCCUGGGGGUAUUCCUAAAAGCCCAGGCCUUUAUGCCAUUGGCUAUGAAGAAUGUAUUGAGAGGCCCCUCUCACCACACAUGGAGCAACGUUCCCUGGACCCAGGAAAAGAGGGCCGGGUUGACCUGGAAACCCUUUCAGCACAAGCCUCAUUACAGGUGGAAAUAGAACCCACCCGAAUUAUCUAUUGCUACCUCGGGAUUGCUGAGGUCAGGACUCUACAGCAGUGCUUAUUUUUGCAUUUCCAAGCGAAUACCAAAACCUUCAGCAAAGAUUGGGUUGGUAUUAAUGGGUUUUUAUCUCAGAACUGUAUUGUGGAUCCCGGAGUUUCCCCCAAAUCCAUCUACAUCAAAUUUGUAGAAGUAGAGAGGGAUUUUCUUUCCGCAGGCUCUUUAGUUGAGUGCCUGGAAAAAGCCAUUGGAUACCCCUUAAAAUUUAACAACUGAAUGUCAUCCUUCAUAAGGAUUUGGGCUCUUAGCUCCUUCUUCUCUACUCACUUCCCAUUACCGGGACCACCCCUCAUCCAGAUGCCGUCAUCAGACUCUUCAUGGAAACCCUUUCUUCAAUUGGGCCAGUACGACUUCUAAGGAAUCAUAGUAGACUUGGGCCAGAAAAAACAGACCUCACCUGAAAAUGCUCAUUUUGAGCAAGCAAGAUAUAUAGCGAACUUGCAUGGUGGGUCAGCUAUUUCUUUUUUAAAAACAGAAAAACAAUUUUUAAAUGGAUUUUAGAGCCCUAAUAUAAACAAAUGUAGGUACAUUCCAUAUUGGACAAAACUUAUACUUUUGAGUUUCAUAUGAAAUUGAAAAAUUGUAUUUUUUUCACAAUGUUUCAUUUUUACACAUCUCUAUGUCUCUAUAUAAGUAAUAUUUACAACCCUGAAUAAAUAAGCAAUAGAUAAUGGCAAGUUAAAUCUUGAUUCACAGUUAAAAAGACUGUUUUUCAAUAUCACCCUUAGCUACUAUUGUAUAUAAUUUAGAUUUUCAUUUUUUUCACCAACCAAGUGUUUUGCUAUUUCCAAUCAGUAUUGCCUGCAAAGACCUUUGUUUCUGUGAUGUACCAACUUUACAGUUGUGUUGCCAUUUAAACCUUUUUAAAAAAAAAAAAAAUUAAAGUAAUUCCUGGCC